ACACUUUAAUAAAUGAUAAUAAAAUUAAGUUAAAACUGCAACGCGAUUAUUUAUUACACAAAUCACAGUUGAACAAUUAGGAUCAAAAUGGAAUUAAACGCUAAAAAUUAAACAAGAAAACCAUAAAUUCAGUACAACUAAACAGUAUAAUGUCGGAUGAUACCCAGUUCGAUUUUGGCAAAUGGGAUUUUCCCGAAGAUCGCAUAUGGCUGCAUAUACCGGAACGUGAAAUGAUUGCCAAAAUUUGUACAUUUAUACCGGUAUUAAUUUUUGGUUUAAUAGCCAAUUAUGCCAUCAUACGUUUAAUCAUAUUAAAUCGCUCUUUAAGAACCCCCACCAACCUUAUUAUAGCCAACAUGGCCAUGGCUGAUUUUCUAACGCUAUUAAUUUGUCCCGUUUUAUUUAUGAUUAAUGAUUUCUAUCAGAACUACAUGUUGGGUUCGGUGGGCUGUAAAAUGGAAGGAUUUUUAGAGGGAGCUUUUCUCAUAACAGCUGUUUUGAAUUUAUCCGUAGUAAGUUAUGAUCGUUUAACCGCCAUAGUAUUGCCUUCCGAGACCCGGCUUACCAUGAGAGGUGCAAAAAUUGUAAUUUUUCUAACUUGGCUGGCGGGUAUAUUAAUAGCUUUACCAUUGGCUAUAUAUCGCACCUAUAAGGUACGCCAUUGGAAAAACUUCAAAGAAAUGUAUUGCAAAGAAAACACCGAAAUUUUGCCAAAAUAUUGGUACGUUUUGAUUACCGUUAUGGUAUGGUUGCCCUUAGGCGUAAUGCUUAUAUGCUACUCAGCCAUAUUCUAUAAGCUGGAUCGCUAUGAAAAACGUAACUUAAAUCGUGAAAAUCCCUUAACGGUUUCAUACAAGAAAACCGUGGCCAAGACUCUAUUUAUCAUAUUAAUUGUUUUUGUCACUUUACGUCUACCCUUUACAAUAUUGGUAAUUUUACGUGAUAAAAUCAUAGCCAAUACCAAUAAUAUGGUUAAUGGUAAAUUUCGCAUGCUAUGGUACAUUUCACAAUAUCUUAUGUUUCUGAAUGCAGCUGUUAAUCCGGUGAUUUAUGGUUAUAAAAAUGAUAAUUUUCGGAGAGCUUAUGAUCAGACGCCUUUGUGUAAAUGUGGCAAAAAAUCACAGCCAAUAGCUGUGGACACUGUGCCCAAGCAAAGUAAACCGUUUUGUUCACAACUAUUAAUUAAUUGGUUAGAUGCACACAACUGCUGUUUUUGUUCAAAAUCUCAUGAUACUUUUAAUCUGAACAUGAGCCAACAAAAUUUAAUCAUGGGUUCGAUAAAGUAUGCCCACGAUGAAGAUGUGCAGGAAGAGUUCACCAGGGUUCAUGCGAUUGGCACAAUAGAUGAUGAAGGCUUUAUUUAAAUAAAAUUUUACGUAAAAUUAGUAUUAUUUUUUAAGAAUUC